AAUCCUUUUGCUUUAGCCCAAACUCCCGAACCACUUGGCACUGUUGACACAACAAUUAGUGAAUUUUUUAAUAAAAAAAGUGAGAAUGCCUAUGAGAAUGAGAGUUUAAUCAAACCAACUGAAGGUGACUCCCCAUUGGCAACAAGUGCCAACCACGAGGACUUCAAAUCCUCACAUUCCGAUUUGGUGAGUACACGUCGAACCCUUCCAACCAAUGAGGCACAAUUCUACUUUAAACUCCUUUCGGAGACUUUGAUGUUGAGAAAGUUGGUGGGUGGAAUGCAACGCAGUCCCAGUCAACUAUUUCUUGUCAAAUUAGCUCCAUUUCAAAUCAUUCAAUUGUGUGAUUGUGUACGAAAACUCAGUUCUGUUGAACCGCAUACAGAAGAUGGUAAAUUGAUUAAAAAACUCUCCAUUGAAGCAAAUCGACAUCAAAAGUUUAAAGUGAAGGCAAAAACAGUUGCACGAUUACGCAACUUCUACCAACGCGUUUACCAUCCUGUUCUUCAAAGCAGCAUCUCAAAGAUGAGUCGCAUUAUGGAGGAGGAGGUGAACGCCACACUGAAGAAUGCAGAGGUGCACUUGAAUGGGGAAAAUACCUUCAACUUAACAGGCAUCUGCUCUGCCAUCCUCUUCGACACCACAGAUUCACUCUCUCUGUUCUUUCUGGAGUCUAUCAAACAGCGCUGUAUCACCACUUCCGGCAAUGCAGUCCUUCUUUCCACCACCGAGUACCAGAAGCUUUCCACACUGGCUCAAGAGGCAAUUGUGAUGUUGAAGGCUGUUCAAAGUCAUCUUCUACCACCAGACACUCAUACAGACAUUGUCUUUCAACUUCUCUGUCUCUACAAAAUUCGUGCGUUAAUAAGGAUGGAGAACAACUUCAAGGCAUUGAUGCUUGGCAAACGAUUGUUGUGGAAACAUGCAUUGACUCAAUUCUUCAAUUGCUAUCCCGAAAAGGCGUCCAAAUCCCUCUUCACCAAUGCAGCAUUCAACAUAUUUGUGGAGGAGUCGGAUCACCUCUGCGAGGAUAUUCAGUCGGGUGUUUUGGAGGAGGUUCAAGUUCUCAUUGAAGGCAUCGAAAAAACUACAAAUGCCACACCUGAAGCUGUCGCCAACCUUCUUUCAUCCAAAACCAAAUGUCAUAAAGUACUGGAAGCUGUGCAAUCCAAGUAUGUUGUCAGUUCAGUCAAUAAUCGUCAAAUUAACUGCGAUCCAUGCCUAGUUGGUCAGUGGAUGUCAACAUUGGCGUCGUGUUCCAAUGACUCCCUGUUAGCCUUCCUCGAAUCUGCAAGGAUGGAGGAGGUUCAACAAUUCCUCCUCACACGACCUGAAACUCAAGAGUUAAAUGAAAGUGCUCCAACCGAACACUUAGUCAUCUCCAACUCAGUCGACAAUAUGGCCACCUUUGAACCAACUGAGUUGACACGACUCACCUCCACCACCGCUGGCAUAGGACAAAGCACCUCCAAGUCCAAUCUCAUCUUCAUCCUCUUGCUGGAGACUUUAAUAAAGCAAUGCAAUCAGUCCAAAAUUUUUAUUAAUCGUUCCGUGUUUGCCGAACUUCAAGGCCUGAGCAUUGAUACUGUGGUAAAGGAGGCUGAAAGUGGCACGGUGGAUGAUGUUGAAGGUGAAAUGAAUGCCACUGAUGAAGGCACGACAAUGGAACAGGCGGAAAUGUACUUGACACUCCUUUUGUUGAACGACAAGACAUUUUGCACUCCAUCACAAUAUGAUGUGGCUGUCAAAUUACUGCAUGACAUAAAAUCAACCUCCUCUCUCUCCGUGGAGGCAUUUGACACCCUCAAAAAUGAUGUUGACGAGUUUGGAGCACGAAUUAAUUCCUUCUUGAACUCGGACAGCGCUCUCCUCUGUGCCAUUGUCUCCCUUCGAGCAUUGCGAUCGCAGUUGGUGGAUGGAAGUGUGCAACCAACAGACCACCGCCAUCACCACAUGCAGCUCCUCUUUGUCCUCAGCAUUAGCCGAGCCUUCAUAUCGGCUGAGUCGCCUCUCCACGAGGCCGUAACAACACAAAUGCAGAAGUUUCGAGUCAGUUUAGUGGAAGAAGUGGAUGUUGAAGGGGAUGCAAACAUGCUUCAACAAUUGCAAACUUUCUUAGAGGAAGAGCUUAUUAAUGCUCUGCUUACAACCACCUCUGGAUGCAGCUCUCAACUUUCAACUCAUGGUUGCGUCAAAGACUUGAAUUUCUUGAGUAGCCUUCAAUUCCUUUGUGUGGCAAUAAGUCUUUUGCCUGUAGACAUUGAAGUGAAACUCCUUGCCAUCCUUCUAUGUCGACCAGCUUGUUCAAUGUCAGUGGAAGGUGGUUCACUUAUUCAAGCACUUCUUGGUGAAGUGAACACGAAAUUGCAGACAUCAACACCUUUAAGGAGUCGUCGAAGCCUUCGUCUAACAAUUCCAUUAUUACCAGUUGUGUUAAAUUUGGAAGGAGAUCAGUCUUCCGUGGAGUUUGACAAACUCUUGACCACACUUUUCAUUGCAAAUGAUUUGGCCGAAGAAAUGAAGACGUUUGCCAACUUCACUUUGAAUAAUUUAAUUUCAAAGGUUGUUUGGAAGUUCUUUUUCAACCAUGAACCUCUAACAUUGCAUGGUCUGUUUGACGAACUGGGCGAGAAGACAUCAAAAUUGACCUCCGAGUGGUUGCGUACUGACAGGCAGCAGUGUGCAUUCUUUCCCAGACUCUUCUACACAGCUGGAGGACUUCCACUUGGUCAACUUCGUAGUGAACAACUGCCUGUUGAAGGCAACUUCAGUCUCUGUCAGAUGGAAUCGUACUUCAUUUUGCUUCAGUCCCUCCUUGUCAUCACAACAAUUGUGGGACACACGGAUCCAAAUGUUAUGCUCAGCAAAGAUCAUCUUGUAGCCCUCUACCAUGCAGCUGUACUUGCCCUCCAUUCUGUACACCUUCAUGGACGUCAUGAAGCAAAAGUGGGUCUAAUUUGGCUACUUCAUCGAAUUGAAUCUUUGUAUCCCCCUGAAGGUAGUGAUGAAGUGGUUCUGCAUAGCCUUCUGCCAGACAACUUGUUGCUACGCGAUAUGCUUCAAUCUGCAGUGUCUAAAGCUGGAAGGAGUGUUGUUGAAAGUCUUCGUUCUCGCAUAGCGCCAAUAAUUCUACCAUUGGGUAGUGAAAGUGGAGAUCCAUUCAUGUCACCGGAUCCAGAACUGGUGAAGGAGGGUUUGAAGGCUAGUUUGUGUGGAUACUUUUCCAUCAGUCCAUCAGACGCUCUCUCAGCACUGCGAAUUUUGAGGGAGCUUCAAUACAAAGAACUGUCAAGUGUGGAUUUAGCUUUAACUUGUCGAAUAAUUAACUACCUCUUCAAAGAUGACUGCAGUAGGUUCAAGAAUUCCAACAGGCGAGAUAAUGCUUGUGUGGUUGAUUUGCCUGACGACUCAGUCCAAUCGACAGCCAUUGAAAUUGCAAUGUCAAAUCUGGAGGCCUUCGCCUCCAUCGGUAGUUUAGACUCGUCACAAGAUGUUGAAAUCUUUCUAAAGUCCAUCUUCACUCUUUCCUCCUGUAUUGGAAUGGAAUACUUCUCAGAGCAGGCAAUCUCAGAAACAAUCAUAUCCUCUCCAAGUGAAACUUUUUCCUCAUUUUCUGCACGUCCCAGUAGUGGAACAGAUGUUUUCCAUAGUCCACAAUCCUCUCCAAUGCUUCUGAAGGCUUCAAAAGAACCUUCACCAGAUGACGAGCAUACCUUAAGGCCUGUGAUACAGUUCAAUGCCAAAGUUCUGCUUGAAGGGAUUGACCAACGUCCUGAGGAGUCAACAAUUGUGAAUCUGCUUGACGUUUAUCAUCACUCUCGACUACUGCUUCAGGCCCAUAAGUCCAUUGACACUUCAAGUGCUGCAAUCUCAAAGCUACUUCCAGAAACAAAAUCCCUUUUACCAUCACAUGGACAUUUUUUGACAGAAUUUCAAGCAAAAUGUCUGGACGAACUCUCACAGGAGUGUCGUUGUCGAUUAUUCAAGCGUUUUGAAGAGAUUUUUUCAACUAAAAGGAUUGAGUUGUCUCUGAGACUUUUGCAUGGUUACUUCAGUUUGCAGUUUCCUACUGCUACCAAGACUCCCAUUGCAGCCCAGGAACUUCUAUCACUUCGACUUGCUGCAAUUCAAAGGACCCUCACACAAAAUGAAUUGUGGUCCUACGUAGAAAAGACUCUCGGAAUGGAUUCCACUCUCUCCAACAACGAGUCCCUCGUUUUAGCAAUCCAAGGAGCCGAAAAGGCUUUAGAAGGCUUCUCAUUGAAUACUGUGGAACAGAUCUGCUUGCUCUAUUCCAUACAUCAAGAAGACGGCCUCCUGUUUGCUGACUUGGGAGCUGCAAUCAGUUGGAUGGAAAUGUGGCCUGUUCAAUUGUCUGACAGGCAACGUCAAUGUCUUCAAAUAGAAGUCCAUAAUUGGACCAAACUACUUUCCAAAUCUGUUGACUUGUCAAACAUGAGGUGUUUGGAUGCAUGCGAGGUUUACAGAUGGAUUUCUGUGGGGUUGUUUGUUGAUUAUUCACAACGUGACUGCUUGAAGGCAAUUGAUUCUCACCCUGAAGGCACCAAAGAUCCAAAAUUGUGUUGGCUUCGUGAAUCCAUUGAGCCACCACUCCACGAGGUUGAUGAAAUUGUCGACUUCUUGGAGGCUCAGUUGUCAACUCGCACUUUGGAUGAAUUUGCUACUCUUGAUUGCCAAAAAGUUCUUCAAAUUAUCGGUUGCCUUCGUCAACUCACCGAUUCCACCGACUUGUUCAACGCCAGUAAGGAGAUUGUUGCAAAAACUUGUCAACGUCUUUACCUUGCAAAUGCCUGCACUUCUACAACAGAGGCCAAAGAAGAUCACAUUGAAUUGCCCAGAAAGUACCUCCGACUGCAAGAGAUUCUUGCCAUUCUUCUUGCUUACAUUUUGAAACGAACUCAUGCACGAAUUGAGCAAGCGAGUCCUCCCGAAAUUCAAUCUCAAACUCCUAAACCGCGCCCAAAGGGAGUCCAUUCCAUGGAAGUGAUUUCG